AUGGAACUCAACCGAGGACAUUUUCGCGCCAUAAUUUAUUACAACUUUCAGAGACAAUUAUCGCAACAAGAAUGCCUUGUUGAGUUACUAAUUCAAGAAUUCAAACAUAGACGGGUGAGUCUUAGUGACGAUCCCAGGUUGGGUGCACCUAAAACAGCAGUGCGCAAACUCAUCACUGAAGAUAGACAUGUGACGUAUCGCGAGAUUGAGGCGUCCUUGAAGAUCUCAAAGACCUCAAUUCAAAAAAUUUUACAUGAAGAAUUCGGACAGAAAGCAGCCAGGGUUAAUUGGUGUCAAAAAACGCUUGACCGUUUCAAUUCCGGAAACUCAAAAAAUGUGUACAGCAUUGUUAGUGGCGAUGAAUCGUGGUUUUACUGUUAUGAACCAGAAAAUAAACGACAGUCGGCUCUAAUAAUUGUUACUGAGGAUUGGUAUAUCACCAUUUGUUUGCCAAAAGUCAUCACCGAGCUUCGAAAAAUCAACCCCAAAAGAAGAGUCAUCCUCCACCAAGACAAUGCAAGCUCGCACCCAGCCCAAAAAACAAGGCAGUAUUUAACGGAACAAAACGUGGAAUUAUUGGAUCAUCCUCCAUAUGGUCCCGAUCUAAGUCCGAACGAGUGCUUUACUUUCCCGAAAAUUAAAAACAGACUGCGUGGUCAAAGGUUCCAGUCACCAGAAGAAGCAGUUGACGCAUUCAAAAAUGCCGUUUUGGAUCUGCCAGCAAACGAGUGGAAUAAGUGCUUCGAAAAUUGGUUCGAGCGCAUGCAGAUGUGUAUUAAUCUGGAGAAUACUUCGAAAAACAAUAAAGUCAUUUAAAACUACCUACCGUGUUGUUUUAUUUCCAUAUGCAAAACUUAAAAGACAUCCCUCGUAU